CGUAAAUGGCACAAUUUUUGACAACAGAUCUCACUAACAAGGAUAAUCAUCAUGAGAGUCUUGGACUCGCUGGUGGCAUCGCUAAAGAUUCAUCUGCAGUGUUUAAAAGAAGUUCUAGCAAGAUUUGUAAGAGAAAUAUGAUUAUCUCAAAAGAAAUUUCGAUUAAUCUGAGCCAAUUUUCUGGGAAAAGUAUUGGCUCUCAGUUCAGUUGAUCCACUCAAGACGAAAGUAGCCAUACUAGUCUCCUUCUACACAGGCUUGGAUUGGCUGAUUCAUAUCAAAUUCAAAAUUUAAAUGAAAAAGAAAUCGAAAUCUUCGAUUUAAUAAAUACUGGUGUGAAAGAGCAAUUGAAUUUUUCAUUAAGUACUAUUCAUUUAGCAUUCACACUCUAUCUACAAUUCUCAGAGGAGGUUGAAUGCUCUCCAAUUCCAACAGCUGUGAGCUGCCUCCUCUGAGCUGCUAAAUUCAAUGAAUGCAUGUACGAUAUCCCUUCGAUUGAAGAACUUCUAAAAUGUGUAUCCAAGAAAGAGGAGAUUGACCAGAAAGUCAUUCAAAAGCAAGAGAUUCUGGUUCUGGUCAAAAACGAUUGGAAUUUACUCCAGCCCACUCUUUGGAAAUCAUGUGAGCAUCUUCUCUCAAAGCAAGAUUUGACUAAAUAUUCAAAGUUAUUGGAAGACGAUAUCCACAACGCAAGAGUCUAUGCAGUUCCUAAGGGCUCUCAUCCGUUUCAGAAUAUAUAUAACAAAGGGAGUAAUCCUGCUCAGAUUUGGUACACCAAGUCUGGAGAUAAGCCUGGCUUGAGAAGGAAAAGGGCUAAGAAAAAGCAUUCUAAAUCACUUUUUCAUGUUAUGAAAAACUUUAAUGAUCUCGAUGGAUACUUCAAACCUUCUCAUAACAUUCUUGAAGUCCCUAAAAAGCUUAAGAAGAGAAAAGGAGUACCAAAGCAGACAAAUAAACUUAAAAUGUCAAGAAUUGUAAAGAUUAGUAAUGGACUUUCUGAUAUUUUAAGGGUAUAUGAAGCUAAAGAUCUUGAGGAAAAUAUUUGAAACACCUCGUGUACGAACAGCUCUUAUCUCAAUGGAAGUGUUUCUUCUGUCUCAGAACAGAGCAAGGGAGGUAUUCAAAAUCAUAGUCUGGUUCACGCAAAGCGGGGAUAUUCAAUUGACCUUCCUCUGGCAGUUGAAGAGGAAGAUCUAGCUGCUCUCAAUUCCAAGCUUUAAUUCCUAUUGCCUCAAUAGGCUCUUUUCUUCAAGUAAACCUCUAAAUUUGUUUCAACAUUGC